AUCCGAAUUCUUCCUUGACAGCGAGUUGUUCCCCUUCCCCAAUCCCGUCGCCACCCAAACCCUCACCGACCCGGCGACCACGAGCACGCCAUGGCUGCGGCGGCGCCGGAGCUGAACGAGGACGUCAUCGUGGAGAUCCUCCUCCGCCUCCCGCCGGACGAGCCAGCGCGCCUCUUCCGCGCGUCCCUCGUCUGCAAGCCGUGGCGCCGCGUCCUCUCCGACCCAGCCUUCCUCCGCCGCUACCGCCGCUUCCACCGGACCCCUCCGCUGCUCGGCUUCUUCGACGACGGCAACCUUUCCCCCGCCUUCUUCUCCGUCGCGGAGGCCUCCCCCUUCUCCAAGACGGCGUUCGACUGCAGCCCUUUGUACUCCGUCCUCGACUCCCGCCACGGGCGCGUCCUCGUCCGGCAGGGGUUCGCCCAAAAUCUCCUUGUACGGGAUCCGAUCGCCGGCGUGCGGGAGGAGCUGCCAGAGCCGCACCUACCGUGCGGGUCCGCCGUGGUGCUCUGCGCCGCUGCAGGCUGCGACCACUGCGACUGCCGCGGCGGUCCCUUCCUUGUGGUAUGUGCGGCCACCAACACCAAUCACAUUGAUGACAGUGUGGAUGCGAGUGUGUACUCAUCGCAGGUCGGCGCAUGGAAACCAUCGGUUUCUCUUCACCUAGGCGUCGAUGUCAAGUAUCCCUACGACCGUGUCAAGCCGCGCAGUGGUGCCCUCGUCGGAGAUGGAGUUUACUUUGUACUUGCACUGCGUGCUGGCAAAAAGAUUCUGAAGUAUGACUUGGGCAGCCAUUGCUUGUCUACGAUUGACCUUCCUGCAGGCUUGGAGUACUGCUGGGACGACGUUGUGCUCAUGCCAGCCGAGGACGGUUUGCUUGGGCUCGCCAGCACCAGCACCAGGGCCUCCAACCUUUACCUGUGGUCGAGGAUGGUGAAUGGGGAUGGAGUUGCAGGAUGGGUACAGCGCAGGGUGAUCGAGCUGCGGGCGGUGUUGCCCGUUACCAUCCCUAAUAACAAGGUGAUGACGAUGAAGGUUAUUGGUUAUGCUGAGGGUGUCAACGUCAUCUUCGUGGGCGUCAUCUCCCUGGGCACCUUCAUUAUCAAUCUCGAGUCAGGGGUUGCGAGAAAGGUGACCAAACCAGUCUACAGUCCCGUCCUACCCUUCGUGAGCUUCUACACUCCAGAUUAUGCUUGUAGAAAAUUGCCACUGCUAGCGGAGACAAAUUAUUCACUACGGCGAUAUCUGGCCAAUUUACAGAUCCACCACCGCAUGUUGCAAGGCUGAUGCUUUACAAUGUUUAUUAGUAUACUGUUAGGUAGUUUAAUCUCUUGUUGUGUAACCUACACCAUGGCCAAUUAUAGACCUUAUUUUUUUUCCUCACUAAUUUUUUAUGACAGUGACAACUAUGUUUGAGAUUUGGAGUUGAUCUUAAUUCAGCUAGUGUUGUGCUGAUGCUUGAUGAAUGCAGUCGGAGCAGAA